CUUGUAUAGAAAAUUAUUUUAUAGAAAUGACAGUAGAUGGCAAUUUAGCUUUGUAUUGGACUAGACAAGGAGCACCGAUUCAGGAACGUCUCAUCAUUGGAUCUCUUUAUUUCUUUUCUGCACUUAUUUUUCUGAUUCUUCAAUUGUCUGUUAUUUUUGUUUUUUGCUUCUACAAAGACUUGCGGAAUCAUCUUUGCUACAGAAUUAUGCUUUUUAUUUCAAUAGCUGAUAGUAUUCAACUUGUAGUUCAUGCUUAUGGUGGUAUAAUAUGCAUAAUCGACAACUCCUUCAGUUUCUAUCUUGAAAAGAUAGCUGGCGGUCUAGCAAAUUCACUAUCCUUACUUAACUGGCCAAUUUGCUUAGUUUUGGCAAUUAAUCGGUUGCUAGUCUUCCUACCCGCUAAAUUGAGUGAAAGGAAAGAAGAAAUCCUGUUUAAUUGGCUUAUUGCUCUUUCUCUUCUUCAAGGCCUUCCUUUCUUUGUUCUUUAUUUAACACCUCAUGCUACACUUGGAUUUCGUUAUUAUAAUUGGGAUUAUCUUAAACUGGACAUGUUUGAAUAUGCAAAUUGGGACUGGGUUGAACGAACAACAGAAACUCUACCAUUACCCUAUGUGGUUAUAACAUUUAUUGUGUAUUUGUCUAUAUUUUGCAUACUUAUGGAUCAGGUGAGAAAAAUAAUAGUUCGAUAUAAAGUUUGCAAACAAGGUUGUAAACUUAUUACAAUUUGUAAUAGUUUGUAA